GAUAAUGAAAGAUUGGGCUGCCAUCUGUUCCGAGCAGCACGACUACUGCAAAGCAAUCUCACCAAGCCGCCUUCCGACAAGAGUCGUUCAUGUAGCGCCCGACGGAAAGAUUCGCCUCCAUUGUGCAGGAGGCAGCUACUUCGCGUAUUAUGCCAUCUUGAGCCAUCCGUGGGGACCGCAAGGUCCGGAACUUAUGACAACGAAGUCGAAUCUCUCCGCACAUAUGAACGAAAUCAAUGAAGAUGACUUGGCCCGAAAUUUCAAAGAUGCGAUACGAUGCAUUAGACUCCUGGGUUACGAGUACAUCUGGAUUGAUGCCUUAUGUAUCGUGCAGGACGACGGCGAUGAUUGGAAUCGAGAAGCUAGUCAGAUGGCCCAAUACUACUAUGACUCAACAAUCAUGUUAUCUGCUGAUUCAGCUCAGACUUGUAAUGAUGGAUUUCUGCACAAUAGAGAUGGAAUUUACUCGCUGCCGAUGGGCACGUAUCAGCAGUUCCGUUUGCGAGAAUAUUGGUCUUCUGAAGAAGAACUCCUGUCUUCGCCAAUCAAUUCAAGAGCUUGGACAUUCCAAGAACGAUUCAUCGCACCGAGGACGUUACAUUUUCUUUCAAAAGAAGUCGUGUGGGAGUGCGGUCAUGGGUUAAUGUCAGAAGGGUAUCUGCAAGACGGGUCUCAGAACUACAGAGAACGAGGUCUUUCUAGACUGACAUUGAGUUUUGUCCUGGAAGAAGCCCUACUAUACAGCAACAAACGUCAACAAUUUCCUGGUUCCGCUGCGUGGCAAGAACCUACAAGUUCUAUUACGCAAGAGUGGUGCGAAAUAUUGCACGAGUACACGAAAAGAUCUCUAACAUAUGUAUCGGACAGACUGUCCGCGAUUGCUGGUCUUGCCCGGUUGAUUCAAAAGCCUAGAUUCGGAAGGUAUCUUGCUGGUCUUUGGGAACAAGACUUGUUCCACCAGUUGUGUUGGUAUCGCUUUUCCAAUGGAAAGCCUAGCCCGACAAGAGGGAACCUUCUAGCGUCCCUGACAGGUAAAGAGACGCAAGGCCAAGUCUCUGACCAGAAGAACGUUCGAGAUACGGCUUCAGCUCCUUACCGAGCACCGUCGUGGAGCUGGGCGGCUGCAGAAGGCCAGAUAGACUUUCCGCAAGCCGUCGGAAACCCACCACAUCGAUCACAUCCUGUGGAACAGCUGUUACAUGAGUAUAGUCACUGGGUGUCCAUCUAUAAGCCACGUCUAGUUGGAUUUAACAUGGUGUCUCAGGCUAAUGACAACUACCUCAGAUUGAACGAAGGUUCAUAUAUUGAAGUAGAGGGUUACUGCCGCUACAUCUAUUCGUGGGUAAGUGCUACUGAAGAAAUAGAGAUGAGGGAAACGGAGGAACAUAUCAUACAAGAUGGGUUGGAUCUCGAUGUCGAUGUCGAUAUUUCUUGGUCAGAUUUGCAAGUUGAAGAUGACAUGAGCACCGUCACCACUGAUUUAGUUUCGCAAGUCAUCAUCGACCAGGACAAGGAGGCUCUACUCGCAGAUCUCUUAUCAAAGCUCACAUUCGCCCAACCGGGCAUUACUCACGAUUGUCAUGGCAACGCCGAACCCCCCUUCAGCCAACGAUUUGUAGUGCUGCAGCUUGAGAAAGAAUACUUUCAAGACCGUCUGGUCUGGGCACUCCUUCUCACAGAGCAUGAAGACGAGAAGCACGGCAAAUACUACAAGCGCAUUGGCCUUAUCAGUCUCGCACACUAUAAUCUCUGCGAGUUCAUGCCGACAUCCUACAACUCUAUCAAAGUACCAACUUCCGAUGUGUUGCAUCCUAUAGAGCGGGAGGGACGGAGGAGUUCCACACCACACGGUAAAUCUAGGUUGGAAGCUCGUCAAAAGGCAAUGGAAACUGAUGAAUGGUCUCAAAGCAAGUGGGAAAAGAGAACACUUCGAUUGAUGUAA